AGUAAUCCUCAGGAGAGUGGUUGCCUUGCUGUAUGGUUCACUCACUGCAGUAUCCCGGUGCUUGGAGACACACAGCAGGUGCUUGUGCUUGGUAAGUGUGCUUGGUAAGUAUGCAGAGGGAUGAAUGUCAUCUGUAUUAUCAUCCUCACUGAAGUAACUGACAGUCAAAAACAACUUGUGACUAAACAGGAAAACCUCACAGCACGGGUAGCUCUGAACGGAUUCAGCUCUCAGGAAUGUAUAAUGUCCGUAAAGGCAAAAUGCAGUUGCCAGUGAACCGAUGGACAAGACGCCAAGUCAUCCUGUGUGGGACCUGCCUGAUAGUAUCAUCUGUGAAAGACAGCUUGACCGGAAAGAUGCAUGUUCUGCCACUGAUUGGUGGAAAAGUAGAAGAAGUGAAAAAGCACCAACACUGUUUAGCAUUUAGCUCCUCUGGACCCCAAAGCCAGACUUACUACAUUUGCUUUGAUACUUUCACAGAAUACUUAAGGUGGCUGCGACAAGUCUCCAAGGUUGCAUCCCAGCGCAUUAGCUCAGUGGACCUCUCAUGUUGUAGCCUGGAACAUCUGCCUGCCAACCUCUUCUACAGCCAAGACCUCACUCAUCUCAAUUUAAAACAAAACUUCCUAAGGCAAAACCCUAGCCUUCCAGCUGCCAGGGGGCUUAAUGAACUGCAAAGGUUCACCAAGUUGAAGAGUCUUAAUCUUUCCAAUAAUCAUUUAGGGGACUUCCCACUAGCAGUCUGCAGUAUUCCAACCCUGGCAGAGCUGAAUGUGUCCUGCAAUGCCCUGCGAUCGGUCCCAGCAGCCGUUGGAGUGAUGCACAACUUACAGACAUUUUUGUUGGAUGGAAACUUUCUCCAAACCCUUCCUGCUGAGUUGGAGAACAUGAAGCAGCUUAGUUAUCUGGGUCUUUCUUUCAAUGAAUUUACUGACAUUCCAGAAGUAUUGGAGAAAUUGACUGCUGUGGAUAAACUUUGUAUGUCCGGAAACUGUAUGGAGACCCUUAGGCUACAGGCUUUAAGAAAAAUGCCUCACAUUAAACAUGUGGAUCUAAGGUUGAACAUAAUUAGGAAGCUGAUAGCAGAUGAAGUGGACUUUCUACAGCAUGUUACUCAGCUUGACCUACGAGACAAUAAACUUGGUGAUCUAGAUGCCAUGAUUUUCAACAACAUUGAAGUUUUACACUGUGAAAGGAAUCAACUGGUCACAUUAGACAUCUGUGGCUAUUUCCUAAAAGCACUCUAUGCCUCUUCUAAUGAACUUGUUCAACUUGAUGUUUACCCAGUUCCAAAUUAUCUGUCCUACAUGGAUGUUUCAAGGAACCGCUUAGAAAAUGUGCCUGAGUGGGUAUGUGAAAGCCGAAAGCUAGAAGUUUUGGAUAUUGGCCAUAAUCAAAUAUGUGAACUUCCUGCCCGCUUAUUUUGUAACAGCAGUCUCCGGAAACUACUGGCAGGGCACAACCAGUUGGCAAGGCUUCCUGAAAGGCUAGAAAGAACCUCGGUGGAGGUCUUGGAUGUGCAACACAACCAGCUCCUUGAGCUCCCGCCUAACCUUCUGAUGAAGGCUGACAG